AUGACUUGCAUCACCUUCAAAGAAAGUAUAUUGAAGACGAAGCAACAUCCUGAGAUCAUAAUGUGGUGUAUGAGGCACCAAUUCUUGGAACAUGUGAGGUCUCAUUAUGCUAAUUUCACAUCCUGGCAUAAUCUUGUCCGUGAAAGAAUAUCGGCUGCAACUGCACGUGCAUGGCCUGAUGUAGUAGAUCGCUCAGCCGACUCCACUAGACAGGAUGGCUCUCUAUUUAUUGAAGAUGCACUAGCAAAUCUUGACAUCGAACAAGCAUGUGAUCAGGAGCUUGGAGAAGAGUCAUAUUUUGCAUUUUUACUGAAGGACAGCUCCUCCUUUUCUCGGUCUAAAAUAGAGGGAUUGAUAGGGUGUUACCCAUUUGAAAGUCUCCAGGCUGCUGUGGGCAUCCUCUUUCUACGUGGUAGUUCUGAUUUGGUGGUUGCAAAGCAAGCAAUUUUUGUAUAUUACUUGUUUGAUCGGCAUUGGAGUAGGCCUGAAGAAGAAUGGAGAGAUAUUGUGGAUGACUUUGCUACCUCCUUUGGUAUAAACAGGCAUUCAUUACUCGAAUCAUUCAUUUUCUGUCUUUUGGACGAUCACACAGAUGAGGCUUUACCGGGAUCUUUUCAACUUCUUCCAGAGAUAUCUGGCCCAACAACUCAUCCUAAGAUUGCACGAGUUCUGUUAGAACGGCAGAAUCCCGAGGCUGCUCACAUGGUGUUACGCUGGUCUGGUCGUGAUGAUGGAUCACAGUUGGUUUCGAUUAGUGAGGCUGUGACUGUUGUUUGGGUGAAAGUGGAAUGUAGGCUUUUGACUGAAGCAUUCACAUAUCAGCGGAUGCUCUGUACUAAAGUCCGGGAAAAGAAUUUCAAGUAUGGUCCAAGUGAGGAUGGCCAAUGCAGGUCCUGGAUGGACUGGACAGAAAUAUUGGUCUCUGAAUUAUGCUGUUUAUGUAUUCGGAGGAACUUGGUAGAUCGAAUAAUAGAGUUGCCACGGAAUUCUGAUGAGGAGAAAUAUAUUCAUAAAUGCCUGUUAGAUUGUGCCACUGAUGAUCCUUCAUCUGCUAAUGGAAGUCUCCUUGUUGUAUUCAAACUUCAGGUAACUGACAUACAUACAGCAUGCAAUCGUGUAACAUUUAGAUUAGGGCUCUAUGGGGUAAAAUAUACAUUCAGCAUGCAAUCGUGUAACAAAACUCUUCAAUGGCAGAAACUGAUUCUUACACCAAACAUCAUCAACUAUUAAAACAAAA